AUGGGCACACAAGGUUAUGAGAAUAAUACACGUUCUUCAUCAACUUCAUCUGACAUGCCAGAAAUGGAAUCAGUCAUUGGAUUGGGAGAAACAGAAAAUGAGCGGACAUUAAGGAUUAUCAAUUCCCGUCGCAAACCUGUUUCUUUAUGCAGUGUUGCCCCUUCUCUUGUAAUUUCUUGGCAUUCAAUUACAGCAAAGCCUCGACACGAAAAAAGCAUUUUACCUUCAUUUGUCUCCAAUAUUUAUUCAAAAUUUUCUUCAAGUUUUGAUGAUAUUGAAAGUGGAACAUCUCCAAUAUUAUAUGGAAAAAAAUUAAUUUUAAAUAAUGGUUAUUUUUGGCGUUGCUUAUCCCGGAGAAGUUCUUGCCUUAAUGGGAGCUAUGGGGCUGGUAAAACUUCCCUUUUAAAUAUCUUAACUCAACGAAAUCUUUCUUCUCUUCGUGUUUCUGGCCAAAUACGCAUAAAUGGUGUAGAUGUUGGGAAAAAUGUUUUACGUAAAAUUUCUGCUUAUGUACAACAAGAAGACCUUUUUAUUGGUUCCAUGACUGCUAUAAUGAGAAUGGGAAGACAUUAUUCUGCAAGAGAACGUGAACGACGUGUACAGGGAGUUAUUGCAGAACUUGGACUUAAAAACUGUGCAAAUACACUUAUUGGUUGGCCUAAUAGAUUGAAAGGGUUAUCUGGGGGAGAAAGGAAACGGUUGGCUUUUGCUUCAGAAAUAAUGACAGGACCUCCAAUUUUAUUUUGUGAUGAGCCAACAUCUGGUUUAGACUCUUAUUUAGCUAAACAAGUCAUUCAAGUGCUUAAAGAUUUGGCAAGACGAAAAAACAUGACAAUAAUUGUUACAAUUCACCAACCAAGUUCACAAUUAUUUGAAAUUUUGGGGCAUACUCUUCCUGAUAAUUUUAAUCCUGCUGACUUUUUUAUUGGAGUUCUUGCUGAUGCCGCUAAAGCAAAAGGAUCUAGAGGAAGAAUACAUUCAAAAGUCAAUAAAAUUUGUUCAGCAUUUACUCUGAGUGAUACAGGAAAACAAUUAAUGAACGAAUUAUCAAGUAAUACAAGCAGUGAAGGUUCUUCUCCCCCAAUAAAUACAGAAAUAAUUAAAGAAAAUAAUUUAAAUGGAAAUAAUGAGGUUUUACAAACUUUUGAUAUUUCUACAGACGAAAGUGCUUUUUCUACACCAGAAUCUGUUGAAGAAGUAAUGGAAGAUAAUGAAGAAAGAAAUGAAGGGGUUCCUUUAUUUGUAACAACAUCAAAAACAGACAAAUUGGAAUUGUAUACAAAAUCGAAGACAAUGCAAAGAUAUAAAUCGACUUGGUUACAACAGUUUCGAGCACUUCUUAGACGUUCAUUUUUUGUUACUUUACGUGAACCUAUGCUUCUAAAAGUUAAAUUAUUCCAAACUUUAUUGAUAAGCAUAAUUCUCGGAACAAUUUAUUUUCAAACUCCAAUAAGACAAACAACAGUUAUGAAUAUUAAUGGAUUAAUUUUUCAGUCAAUUGCAAAUAUGAAUUUUAUGUUUCAAUUUGCUGCUGUUCAUAUUUUCUGUGAUGAAUUGCCUAUUUUUAUGCGUGAACAUUUAUCAAGUUUAUAUAGAGUAGAUACUUAUUUUAUUGCAAAAAAUAUUGCUGAGUUAAUUCAAUAUAUUAUUUAUCCUUUUAUUUUUUCUUCAAUUGUUUAUUGGAUGUCUGGUUUUGUUCACAAUUCCCUAGCUUAUGCCUCUUUUGUUGCCAGUUGUGUUUGUGUUACAAAUGUGGCUAUUUCACUUUCUUAUGCGGCUUCUUGUAUUUUUGGGACAACAGAUUUAGCUCUAGCAAUGCUUCCUGUAGUUGUUAUUCCUUUACUUGCCUUUGGGGGGUUUUAUAUUAAUCAACAAUCUUUGCCUUCUUAUUUUUAUCCAAUUAAAUUUAUUUCUUAUUUUGGUUAUGCAUAUGAAAGUGCAGCAAUAAGUCAAUGGACACGUGUAAACACAAUAUCUGGUUGUAAUCAAACAACAAUAAAUAAUAAUAAUCUGACAGAAUAUAAUACUUGUUAUUUAAAUGGAAUGGAUGUACUUGACUCUUUGGGAUUUGAACCAGAAAAUAUUAUUUUUGACUAUACAGCUUUAAUUUCAAUGAUUUUAGGACUUCGACUUGUUGCAUUUUUUGCACUUUGGGUGCGAGCUGUUACAAAGAAAUGA